ACCUUCCCUCCUCCAUCACCCCCGUCCCAUUCCAAACUUCUCCCACCUGGACUCCUCCGCUCCCCCUGCUUAAGGGCGGGAUGAAACGAAACAGAGCAGAGCCAGCGCCCUCCAAGGCCCCCGAAACCCUUGCGAAAACCCAGCGCCGCUCAAAGGAUCCGAGCCCCAAGGGGACGGGCACGACGAGGGCGAGGGCGGGGGCAGUGCCGCCGGAGAAGCCCCGCAAGGGCGGCGGACCAGAGAAGAGGCCGUCCGCGCCGGCCGCCGUGGACUCCUCUCCCAUCGCCCCGGCGAUGGCGCAGGAGGAGGACGACAAGAGACCUCUCGGAUGGGACGAGUUCGGGGGAUGGUGGUGGUGGGGCGUGGAGGAGGAGAUGCUCCUGGGAUGGUUCCCCUUCGUGGAGGAAGACUUCCUGUGCUCCGAGAACAGGGGAGGUUCGGGGCUUUUCUGGGAGGAGGAAGACCACGAUAUCUGGCAGCUCCAAGACAUUCACGAGAUCCCCAACCAAGCCAAAUGAGGCAGGAAAGAUGGUGUUUUGGAAGGAAAACAAUGAGGCUAAUACCAAGAAUGACAAAGUGUUAGAGAGUAGGAGAAAGCAAUAGAAAAGGGAUAAAGGUUGUAGUUUUGUUUAUUUUCUUCUCUUCUUUGUUUUCUUUGAGGCAGAACCUUCUUGGAAGCAUACACUGAAAAAUGUUUCAAACCUAGUUUAAGUAAGCUGAUGUUCGUUUGGAUGAAGAAGGCAAUACACCCUUUGUUUAUUCUUGGGUUCCAA